AUGGUGCGUUUAAAGAGUAGAUACAUCCUUUUUGAAGUUAUUUUCCCCCCUACAGACACCAAUGUCGAGGAAUCUGUGUCGAAAGCAGACAUCUUGCUUUCGCAUCACAGGGCAUCGCCCGCAGAUGUGUCCAUAAAGUCGAUAGUCCAAGAGAUACGACGCUCUCUGUCGUUGAAUCUGGGAGAUUAUGGAUCCGCAAAAUGUAGUUCUCUCCUGCAGUUGAAAUACUUUUCCAAUAGGACGUCUACUGGAAUAAUCCGAUGCCAUCGAGAGGAUUGCGACCUUGUUAUCAUGGCACUGAUGCUGAUGUCGAAAAUUGGCGAUGUUGAUGGGCUGAUCGUGAACCCCGUCAAGGUAAGUGGGACUAUCAAGAAAAUAGAGCAGUUUGCUAUGAGAAGGAAUUCUAAAAUUCUGAACAUAAUUAAGAGUAGUCAAUCAUCGCACCUCAGCGAUAAUGACUUUGUUAUCAAUGAUUUUGAGAAAAUUGGAAACGAAAACGAAAACGAAAACGAUUAG